AUUGCUGGAGCUGGACCUCCACCUGCGUUACCGUUAGGUCCGUCGGUGGGGGUAUUAAUCCUGAAGCAACAUCACUAUUCACUCCCCAGCAGGCAGCAGCCCCCUCUGCCCAAUCGGCGGUCUAGUUUACACGCGUUUUCCCUCCUGUCCAGAGAAAUCCAUGUUCGCCGACAGCCGUCAAAAUUAAAUUCCCAGAAGUAGAAGUUAAACAACAAGCCAUGAAGGGCUCGAGCCAGAGCCAGAGCCAGAAGCGGUGGUUCACAAUUGGGCUCGUGUCGGCGUGGUACGCCUCCAAUAUUGGAGUCUUGCUCCUCAACAAGUACUUGCUAAGCAACUACGGCUUCAAGUACCCGGUCUUUCUCACCAUGUGCCACAUGAUAGCCUGCUCUCUCUUCAGUUACAUAGCCGUCGUCUGGUUCAAAAUGGUGCCUUUGCAGACCAUACGCUCCCGCCUUCAGUUCUUGAAGAUUUCGGCACUGGGUCUAAUUUUUUGUGGGUCGGUGGUCAGUGGGAACGUUUCCUUGCGCUACCUUCCGGUGUCUUUCACGCAGGCAGUUGGGGCUACCACGCCCUUUUUCACGGCCUUCUUUGCAUAUUUGAUGACUUGGAAAAGGGAGGCUUGGGUUACUUACGCCACUCUUGUUCCUGUUGUUGCCGGAGUAGUCAUUGCUAGUGGGAGUGAACCAAGCUUCCAUCUCUUUGGAUUCGUAAUGUGUGUUGGUGCUACGGCUGCAAGAGCAUUAAAAUCAGUUCUUCAAGGGAUUUUGUUGUCAUCAGAGGGAGAAAAGCUGAACUCCAUGAACCUUCUGCUCUAUAUGGCUCCAAUAGCUGUUUUCAUCCUACUCCCUGCGACAAUCCUGAUGGAGCAAAAUGUAGUUUCAAUCACAGUAGCUCUCGCGAGAAGUGACAUCAAAAUCAUCUGGUAUUUGCUUCUGAAUUCAGCCCUUGCAUACUUUGUCAACUUGACCAAUUUCUUGGUUACCAAGCAUACCAGUGCACUGACUCUCCAGGUCUUGGGAAAUGCAAAAGGGGCUGUUGCAGUGGUUAUCUCAAUUAUGAUAUUCAGAAAUCCUGUGUCGGUUAUUGGUAUGUUGGGGUAUGUACUCACUGUCACUGGAGUGGUUCUGUACAGUGAAGCGAAGAAGAGGAGCAGAUGAGGGGGGUUUAGAUUUUACUUUUUAAGUGGUAUUGUUCUUCUUGUUGAAUAUGUGGAAUGAAAUUGUUUGAAGAGUAAAGGCUUUAACAUAUGGUGAUUGCCGAUGGUCUCCCUCCCGGCUGAAUGGCAAUUUAUCCCUUGAAUAUAUUUUGCCUUUUCCGGUAAAGACUGUGCGGUAACUGCUGGAGAAAUCUCAGUCAAGGGAUUCAUGUAAGCUCAGCUGAUUGGGUCUGUAGAUGCAUAACUGCAAAGAACAAAAAUUGCUUUCAGUCCAUUCCUAAUUCAUUGAUUAAAAAUUCGCACAAGUGUUACGCGGUGUUUGUAUCACUGUAGUAUUUUUCAGUGAAAAGAGGGGUACAUUCUUGUAAAAAGUUGUUGAAAAUGAAGCAAUGCAUGGAAAGAAAGGGACACAUUUAAGCUUUUUUUUGC